AAACAUAUAUACACAAUCACACUCUGUACGACAAAGGAGAACGGAACCAGGCCACAAAACGAGUCGCAAGUCUGAGACGUUGCACAGUGCGCGACGUGGCCAUUUUGGGGCACAAGGACACUGAGGGCGCGCGGUGGCAAGGACAUUUACACACGCCUCACACACUGGCACACAACACACAAAGCCAACGGUGGGCGUGGCAGGCGCGUCAAAAGCGUACAGCGAGACCCCAUCAAUCAAGUCGCAAGAAGUCCGAGCAGCAGCAACUGGGCUACCCCAUGUAGUUGGCCAUAAAGCCACAGUGAGGCAGCAGUAGAGCAUCAGCUAAAGGAUAAACUCAACCAGGAGACACACACACGUACAAGAUGGCGCGACGCAAGGGCAGCGGACGUGGCAAAUCCACCGUGAAUUCGCGUAAAAGUAAUUUGGAAACGUCGCGCGACAAACUCAAGGAUGAGCCCGCGGCCAACACAUCGCAGGCGAGCAAAUUUGAUGAUACUAUGGAAAGUGCAACAACAACAGCGGCAACAGCAACAGCAACAAACACAGCGAAACAUUACAAGACAGCGAGCAAACAAUAUAAAAACAACAACAACAAUAAUAACAACAACAACAAAGUGAGCAGCACGCGACGUGCUACAGCAGCAGCAGCGGCCGCAGCAGCAGCAGCAGCGGCAACAACAACAGCGACAACUAAGAAGCAAACAUAUCGCAGCAGCAGCAGCAGCAGCAGCAUAGUUGCUGCAACAGCAGCAGCAACAACAACAACUGCAACACUCAAAGCAAACAGCAGCAAACUAAACAGCAAAGCAGCAGCAACAACAACAACAACAACAACAACAGCAGCAGCAGCAAUUGACAACAAGAGCACGCGAGAUAAUAAACCAAGCGAGUUGCCAGCUAAAAUUGCCGACAGCAGCAGCAGCAGCAGCAACCACAGCAACAACAACAACAACCACCACAGUGAUAAUAGUAUUAGUGAGAAUAAUUAUGAGUUUAAGGCUAGAGAUAAAGCGAACGUAAGUGAUAGCAAAAUGACGCUACAGCAUGUGGCAAGCAGCGCAACGAGCGUGGCCACAACAACCACCAACAGCAGCAACAACAUCAGCAGCAGCAACAUCAUCAGCAACAUUAACAACAACAACAACAGCGAUGAUGCGGCCACAGCAGCAGCAGCAGCAACAGCAGCUGGCGACUGGAAAACUUCAAACAAUUUGCGCUAUUUGCACAAAAAGUUUAAGCGUCUGGCCAGCACCACCGAACCGGAAACGGGCGAUGCGGUGCGCACCACAUCGCUUUCAUCCAACAGCUCGUUGUCGCCGCCGCCGCCGCUCUACAAUGGACAUGUGACACAACAGCAGCUGCCGUCGCAGCAGCAGCAGCAGCAGGCCGUGCCUUUGCUGCCGGCUAGCAAUGAAUUCAGUGCCAAUUUCGUAAAUGCCAACAACAACAACAACAACAACAGCCAUGAUGAGAGCAACAACAACAACAGCAGUAAAAAUAUUGCUGUUGCUGGUGCGCCCAGAACACGGACACCGCUCAGCAACAGCAGCAACAUCAGCAACAACAGCAACUAUGCCAGCAAUGCGACACUGUCGCCAGCAACAUUCGCACAGCAUCAGCAACAGACGCAGCCAACAACAGCAGCAGCAACAGCCACAACAGCAGCAAUUGCCACACCACCAACAACAGCAACAACAACAGCAACAGGUCUCGCAGAGAAAAUGGGUCGUUAUGUUUGUCCCUACUGCAAUCUGAUCUGUGCUAAGCCCUCGGUGCUGCAGAAGCACAUACGUGCCCACACCAAUGAGCGGCCGUAUCCGUGCGACACCUGCGGCAUUGCCUUCAAAACGAAGAGCAAUCUCUACAAGCACUGCCGUUCACGUUCCCAUGCGGCGCGCAUGCGCGGCUUCGAUGUGCCCGCCCACGAGGCGGACGGACUCUCCGACCAGGAUGGCGACGGGGAGCUGAGCAACAGCAGCUCCGAGCUGCUGAGUGUGGAAGUCCUAAGCCGCGCGGAUUCGCCAUAUGACGAGCCCAUGGCCUCGCCGACGCCUUCGCCAUCCACGCUGUCCGCCGCGAAGAGCGCGUAUCUGCAACAGCCGCCGCUGCCGCAGCACAUGCAACAAUUGCCGCUGGGCUCGCCCGCCGCCGGAACACUGCCGCCCGCCACAGCCGAGACGCUGCACUCGGCGACAGCGCAGCAUCGUCAGUCGAUUGACUACAAGCCAUACAAGCCCAAAUUUCACAAUGCAGCGCUCUACGCGCCCGGCAGCAGCAAAGAGCAGCAACAGCAGCAGCAACAACAGCAGCAGCAACAACAGCAGCAACUGCAGCAACAGAAGCUGCCGGCGCCGCAGCCAACGCUGGUGCAUCCCACGCUCUCGCUGAGCACUCAGCUGAAGCUCAACAAUCACAUCAACUCGCAUCAGGUGCAGCUGCAGCGACAGCUUCAGCAGCAGCAGCAGCAGCAACACCAGCAACAACAGCAGCAACAGCAGCAGCAGCAGCAAUCGCUGCUGAUGGCUGCCGCAAAUCCAGCUAAUCCCGUUGUGCUGCCCGCGCUGGUUCCGGCGCCGCCGCUGCCCACGGGCGUCUACUAUAUGGGACAGCCGCAGUAUUAUAAUCCGACUGCAGCUGCAAUACAUCAGCAUGCGCUCGCCCUGCAGUUCCAGCAGCACUUUCAGCUGCAGCAGCAGCAACAUCAACAGUUUCAGCAGCAGCAACACCAUCAACAGCAGCAGCAGCAGCAACAGCAGCAACACUCGCCGCUGCUGAAGGCGCCCCCGCAGCAGCAGCAGCAACAACAGCCGCAGCAGACGCCGCCGCCCCCGCAGCAGCAGCAGCAGCAGCAGCUGGUGCGCUCCAAUAGUCAACAGACGGCGGCCAUUGCAGCGACAACAGCAGCGCUGCCAGCGCCAGCCACGCCCACGCCCACAGCGAAUCUGGGCAGCUUUGCCAGCGGCAGCGGCGGCAUGCAAGUGAAUGUGGAAAAGGUGCAGGAGCACAUCUCGAAGCUGAUCUCACAGAACGAGGCCAUAGUGGAGAACAAGGAGAUACUGCUGCAGAAGAAGUAUCCCAAGCAGCUGAGUCGCUCGCGCAGCUUCAACAAUGCCAACAACAGCGCCAGCAACAACAACGCCAGCAACAACAACAGCGGCAGCAGCAACAACAGCGGCAGCAGCAACAGCAGCAAUCAGACGACCAACAGCAGCAGCGGCGGCAACAACACUCAGCAGCUGGGCGAGACGAAAGUGAAUCUGGCGCAGGCCAUAGUGCUCAAGCAGCAGCAGCAGCAGCAACAGCAGCAACAGCAGCAGCUGCAACAACAGCUGCAACAGCAGCAACAAUACCAAAUGUAUAUGCAGCAGCAGCAACUGAUGCAGCUGGAUUGUGUCAAUGGACUGCUCAAGCGCAGCAGCAGCAGCAGCAGCAGCGGCGGCGGCGGCAGCGCCUAUGCAGGACUAAAAGCCACGCCCACGCUGCCAGCAACGCCCACGGCGAAUAUGAAGCUGCAACAAUUGCCGCCGCCGCCGUCGCCAUUGCCGCUGCAAACGCUGCAAUAUCGUCAGGAUCCGGCAACGCCGGUGCCCAAGCUGGAGCAGCAACAGCAGCCGCUCAAUCACGCCCAGCCCCUAAAUCUGUCCGCCAAAACGAAGCUAGCCAUGCCCCCAAAACAAGCAACAACACUCGCAGCAACACUCGCAGCAGCAACAACAACAGCAGCAACAACUGUUGUUAAGAGCACAGCAACUGCUGCUGCGGCGCCGCCGAACAAUUCAAUUAUCAAGAAUCUGUUGCUGAAUGCGCGCGGCCUGGCCGUGCCAAUUGGCGAGGGCGACGAUGCCGUCUAUUCCUGCCCCAUUUGCGCCAACGAGUUCCGCAGCGCGGACGAGCUGAAGCAUCACAACAGCACCUAUUGCCAGGACGCGAACAGCAGUGCGACCAUCAGCCCGGCCUCAUCGCCGAGCAGGAAGUACUUUCGCUCCAACUCGAAGUCGCUCAGCCUGCCGGAGCUCAUGUGCGACAUGGCCAACUCGAAGAAUCCGCUCUCCCUCGCCAAGCUCGCCUGGUCGCAGCUCAAGAUCAAGCCCAGCACCGUGGUGCUGAGUCGGCUCAGCGCGGCGCAGUCGCCGGCGCGUACCUCGACAGCAACAACAACGUCAGCAACAACUGUCAGCAGCAGCAGCAGCAACAGCAGCAACAACCCGCCAGCAACAGUUGCAGCAGCUGUCGUAAUCCCGCCCAGCAUCGAUGCCAGCUGCAGCGGAAGCGGCGUCUCGCUGCGCUUUGUGGACGCGCCGCUGCCCUCGCCCGGCCCGCUGCUGGGCAAGACCCCGCUGGUGGACUACGCGGCGCCGCGCAAAGCGCCCGAUGCCCAGGUCGUUAUCACCAAAAUGCACGAGGAUCGGCUGGAGAACAUCAUUAUUGAGUCGCCGCCUGCGAAGCGACCCAAGCUGAGCGACAUUGCCAUCGCGAGCAGUUUGAGCGGCAAAUCCUUUGCGCUGCCUCCGGGCGUGCAGCUCUUCCUCGGCGGCAAUCAGGAGCUGCCAUUGGCGGGCGGCUUUGGCGGCGGCAAGGAGGAGCGUUUGCGACGCUUCACCUCAUCCGGCGGCAGCAUGAUACCCAUAUCCGAGUGCCCCGAGCUGGACAAGAGUCCCAAAAUGAUACGCACCCCCUUGCUAUCCGGCGGCAGCUUCCAGGAGAUGUCGCCGCGCCUCAGCGAGACCAAGGAGCGCAAAUUGCCGCUGCCGCUGCCCAACAACAAUGUCUAUCGGCCCAGCAACAGCAGCAUCAAUAAUAUGUCGCAACAUUUUCAGUUUCCGCCCAUCAGCUCGAUAACUGCCUUCAAUCCGCUGACGUUGCCGCCGAUGAGCAGCAGCGGCAACCAUGUUGCGGAUGGCCACAAGUCGAUACCUUAUGUGCCCGGCAUACCGGGUCCGGGCAGCCUGUCGCUGUUGCCGCCGCCGCCGCAGCAGCUGCAGCUGCAGCCGCGCGGACGCAGUCCGAAUCGCAAACAACCGAGUCCCAAUCCCAAUCCGCAGCAGCAACUGCUGCUCGACGCGCCGCUCAAGGCGCUGUCGCCGUUCGGCGGCGUACAGAAUUUGCCCAGCGAAUUCAGUCGCCAGCCGCCGACGCCCGCGCAGCGUCAGGCGAUGCAAUGGUGCAGCAGCAACAACAGCAACAGCAGCAGCAGCAACAAGACGUCGGCGGCGACAACAGUUGCCGCCGUGGACGUGAAGAAGGCGCCCUUCAAUUUCAUGCGCAUGGCCGACAACGUUAAGGAGCAGCAGCUGGCGCCGGAGGUGCGACACUUUAACUUCGACAAUGUGCACAAGACGCAGGAGGCGCUGGCGCCGCUGCACGUCGACACGCCCGACGAGGCAGCAACAUCUGCAACAUCUGCAGCAGCAGCAACAUCUGCAACAGCAACUGUUGCAACUGCUGCCACGCCCAGCUCGGCCAAGUCAAAGUUCCUGCGUCCCACCAGCCUGCCGCUCAAGCCGGGCACCUUUACGCCCAAGCGUCACCAUGGCAUCACGCCGACAGCGAAUACCCUGCCCCUGAUCUCGCCCGAGACGCCGCGCCCGUCCAAAUCCUGUGUGCAGCUCUAUUUGAAUGGCCACGCCUACACGUAUUUGGGUCUCAAGUCCAGCACGAAGAUGUUCUACUGUACAGUGAACUGUCCGCAGCCGUCGUAUGUGGCGGGCAUGCAUAAGCUGUCCAUGUACAGUGUGUGGCAGGUGUGUGAGGAGAAUCAGCCGCAUCCGUUGGGCUUCAAGCCCCGCGAGGUGAUGGCCCUCUACGAUUCCAGGCAAAAGAUGCUCGGCUUCGGCUCGACCAUGUCAAUGGCGGGCACUGGCGCUGGCAAGCUGAACUACGCUUUGGUCAGCUCACAGCAGACGAUCAGCAGCUGCUCGACGGCGGUGAAUAGCCAGAACAAGUUCUAUCAGCAUCAGCCGAAGCAGCCGCCGCCGGCCACGUCGAUCGGAGCGCUCAGCGAGGCGAAUGUGGCUGCCAAGGCCAGCGAGGAGGAUGCCGCCAAGAAGCUGGAGUCGGGCCAAUUGCUUGUCGGUGGCUAUGAAUCGCACGAGGAUUACACAUACAUACGCGGACGUGGACGCGGUCGUUAUGUGUGCUCCGAGUGCGGCAUCCGAUGCAAGAAACCAUCCAUGCUCAAGAAGCACAUACGCACACACACGGACGUGCGUCCGUUCACCUGCAGCCACUGCAAUUUCAGCUUUAAGACCAAGGGCAAUCUCACCAAGCACAUGCAGUCGAAGACGCACUUCAAGAAAUGCAUCGAGCUGGGCAUCAAUCCGGGUCCCAUGCCCGCCGAUGGCGAAUUCCUCGAUGUCGAUGUCGAAUUCGAUCAGCAGUCGUCAACAUCCGCUGGCGGACGCACCUCAUCCAUGGCCGGCGAGUCCGAUUCCGAUGAUUACAGCGACAACGAAUCCGAGAGCAGCGACACCGACGAGUCGAAGUCGCGCAUGAAGGAGCACGAGGCGGCGCGCGGCCUGCUCUCGCUGUCCAUGACACCGCCGAUACCGCAGAGCGUAUCACCGUAUCCGGCACAGCUGCCGGAGGCGCCCGGUCCGGCGGCCAGUCCGGCGAACAGCAUUGGCUCCUCGGCGGGCAGCGCCGCGGGCGGUUCGCAGCCAAAGCGUCAGGUUUGCUCAUUUACAUCGCCGAAGCCGCCGUUCGACUACCAGAAGCAGGAACAGUAUUACUCCAAUCCGGAGGAGUCCAAGCCGAAGCGUGACGUGCCCAACGACGAGAGCAGCGCGCCCAUGGACCUGACCAAGCCGCGUUCCAUGCAACAACACAUUCUGCCCGCUUCCGCUGCUGCUUCCGCUGCUGCAGCUGCUCCUGCCCAGCCGUCUGAGCAGACGCUACCCAAAUCGCAGGAACAGCAGAUGCGCGAUGUGAUCUUCGGUGCGGGCAACAACGAAAGCGGCUUCAUGAAGACAAUGAUUUCGGUGUCCGACAAGGUGCGCAUCUCCGCCGAAAUGGAGGAGCAGGCGAAGCGCGAGACCGAAGGCGACGAUCUGCUGCUGCAUACCUACAUCAAGGAGCAGGCGCUGCAGCAUGCCAAAAUGAAGCAGAGCCAGUUCAGUCGCAGCUACCUGAUGAUGACCAGCUCCACCAGCAGCACCUGCACCAUUGUCACCAGCAGCAGCUCUGCCGGCGGCACGCCCAUCGUCAGCAGCAGCAGCGGAAGCGGCAGCCUGCCGAAGCCUGUCCUCAGCAUCACGGAGCUGCCCAGCAUUGAGGUGCACGAGGUGCACGAUGUGCAGGUGAAGCCCGAGCCGCCGGCUGUGGCUCAACUGCAGCUGCCCGAGGAGACUGAGCCAGGUGAGGCACAAGCAGAACAGCCAGCCGUAGCAGUUCCUGUUGCUGUGUCCGUUGCCAAAGGCAGCACGGAGCUGGCCAUGCCGCAGCCGCCGCCGCACAAUGCCAAUCUGCCCGCUGCAGUGCAGCAGCCGGAUGCCACGGAUUUCAGUGGCGUGCUAAGCAACAGCAACGGCAGCAGCAGCCUGGCCGGAGGCAGUGCACCCGCACGCACUGUCAUCGUCGGCGAGGAGGGCUUCAAAGCGACGCCGCCAACGAGCAGCGCCGCCGAACUCCAAUCCGCUCCCGCUCCAGCUGCCGCUGCUCCAACUGGCGCUGCUCCCGCUCCCGCCCCCGCACCUGGCAGCUAUCCCGGCCGCGUGGUGCCGCCGCCACCGCCGCCCAUUGCCAGCGAUGCGCGACCCACGUGCAUCAUAUGCAGCAAGACGUUCCAGCGGCAGCAUCAGCUCACGCUGCACAUGAACAUCCACUAUAUGGAGCGCAAGUUCAAGUGCGAGCCGUGCAGCAUCUCGUUCCGCACGCAGGGUCAUCUGCAGAAGCACGAACGCUCCGAGGCGCACAAGAACAAGGUGAUGAUGACGUCCACAUUUGGUGUGCCGACCACAUCGAAUCCGCGGCCAUUUGAGUGCACCGACUGCAAGAUCGCGUUUCGCAUACACGGACAUCUGGCCAAGCAUUUGCGCUCGAAGACGCACGUCCAGAAGCUGGAGUGCCUGCAGAAGCUGCCGUUUGGCACCUAUGCGGAGAUCGAGCGCGCCGGCAUCAGCCUGACCGAGAUCGAUACCAGCGACUGUGAGAAUUCCCUAAUAUCGCUCAAGCUGCUCGCACAGAAGCUGCUCGAAAAGGAUCCCAAUAAGCUCAGUGGCUAUACGACGCCGUCGGGCAUGCUGCAGCUGGCCACGGUGGAUACGCCGCCAGCCGCCGGCCAGGACAGCGCCAGCGAGGAUGGCUUCAGUGCGGCAAACAGUGCCGCCGCCUCGGCCAUUGCCUCGCUGGACAACGACAGCGCCGGCAAUACGCCCAAGCGCGCCAGCUCCAUGUCCGAGGAUGAGACGCUCACCAACGGGCUGAGCCACGGGCACAGCCUCAAGCGUCGUCUGCCCGGCAGCAGCUUCAGCAGCAGCAACGGCGACGAGAGCGACAAUCCGCUGGAGACGGCCGGCAUCAGCAUCGAGAAGCGACCGAGGAGCAAUACAAAUGAAUUGUCGCUGCCGCCGGUGGCUGCUGCUGCCAACGCGGCCACCGCCAGCAACUGACAGUACAUGUACAUGCUGCAGCCCACCUGAGUGUGGCCCUAUCACUACCAGGCCUACGUCUGGCCAACCCCAAAUCCAACCCCAAACCAAGCCCAGCCACAGCAACAACCAAGCAGCAGCAGUGGAUGCGGCAAUGACCAAAAAAACAUCAACGAGCGCAUAUCAAAUGUCUAAGCAUAUCGCAUUUGGGCACACAACAAACUAAACUCUACACACACUCACACACACACAAGCACACACACAACACUAGAAUUUCAAGUGUCUGGUUAAGACUUGCUUAAAGAGAUCAAAUCCUUGAAGCUUGACCACCUGCUGCCAAUUGGCCAUGGCCUUAACUCCAGGUGCAGCAGCUGGAAAAGCUAAUGAGCUAAUGAGCUUAAAAAGCUGUCAAUCAAAAUAAUGCUGAUUGCUGGCAAACACUUUAAGCGCGUAUCUAUGAGCUAUAGCUACUCAAACACAGGUGUGAGUGCGUGUGUGAGUGUGUGUGUGUGUGUGUGUGUAUAGGCAAGUCAAGCAUAUGUACAAUAUACAUAUACUAUAAAACGUCUAAAGCAACAGCAGCUUGCAACUUAAGUAUUUAGUUUAGUUUAUUGUCAACUCUCAGCUACGAAAAGUUGUUCAAACUCGUCUAUACAUAUAUAUAUAUAUAUUACUAUAUAUAGUCCUAGUUAAUAUAUACACACACACAAAACACAUACAUAUACGUAUAUAUAUCUAUAUAUAUGAUCUAUAAUUUCUUUUUCGAAAUGAUAAAAAAAAAACUACAAAAACAAAAACAAAUACAAAACUCCUGAAGUGCUGUGAGUCGUAUAUAUAAACAAAAACAAAAGGAUGAUUUUUUUUUUGUGUGUAAAUAGGCGUUAAACAAAUUUAGUUGAUAAUUUAUAAGGCUUAGCCCACGCCCACCAGACCAACAACCCCGCCCCCGCCCCCGACCGAACCCGAACCCGAACCGUUUUCCACUUGAAUCACGUAGUUCUUCCUAAUUUCUGAAGUUUGUUCUCUGCAUUGGAUUUAUGAACACCCUAUUAUUAUGUUUAUGUUUUAAUUUUCUAGAUUAACAACAACAAAAAGAAGAAGAAGAAGAAGAAAAAAAACGAGACCACGAGACUCUUUUCAAUUGUUUGUUUUAAUUAAU